UUGCUUAUAACAAAAAUGUGAAGUUUCAAUUUUAUGAAGUAAAAGAUGAGCUUCUCCGUUUCAUUAUGUUAUAUAUACACCAUCUCCACAUACACUAAUUGCAUACACCAUACCAUCAAAAACCAUUUUUAAAUUAAGUACCCUUUAAUAUUAACCAUCCUCGUUAGUUAACAAUUAUGAUUCAAUCUCUCUUAUUCACGGUGAAGAGGCGCACUCCUGAAUUGGUCACUCCAUCGAAACCCACACCUCAUGAAACCAAACUUCUCUCCGACAUAGAUGACCAAGAGGCUCUACGUUUUCAUGUUCCUGCUAUACAAUUUUACAACUAUGAUCCAAAUAUGGCAGGGAAAGACCCUGUUGAUGUUAUUCGAAAAGCACUUGUGGAAACGCUUGUGUUUUAUUAUCCAUUAGCAGGUAGGUUGAGAGAAGGUGUUGGUAGGAAACUUAUGGUUGAUUGCACUGGAGAAGGUGUUUUGUUCAUCGAAGCUGAUGCUGAUGUUAGUUUGAAAGAUUUUGGUGAUGUUCUUCUUCCUCCAUUUCCUUAUUUGGAUGAGCUUCUUUAUGAUGUUCGUGGUUCUAUAAAUAUGCUUAACGCUCCAUUGAUGCUUAUUCAGGUAACUCGACUCAAGUGUGGUUGUUUCAUUUUUGCUCUUCGUAGGAACCAUACAAUGACUGAUGCAUCAGGUAUAGUUCAAUUCAUGAAUGCUUUAGCAGAAAUAUUUCGUGAGAAGAGCGAACCUUCAAUCUUACCAGUAUGGUGUCGAGAGCUUCUAAACGCAAGAGACCCACCAAGAGUGGCAUGUAUUCGUCGUGAAUUCGAACAAGCACCCGAUAACAAAGGAACCCUCAUAUCACUAAACAACAUGGCCCAACACACUUUCUUCUUUGGUCCCAUCGAGGUAGCCACAAUCCGCUCUCUCCUUCCACCCAACGAACUACAACAAUACUCAAAAUUUGAAAUCAUCACCUCCUUCCUUUGGCGUUGUCGUACAACAACGUUACAGCAAAACCCAGAUGAAGAAGUUCGUAUGAUGAGCAUAGUCGAUGCACGAAGCAAAUCUGUUAACCUACAAUUACCAUAUGGUUACUAUGGCAACAUUGUGGGGAAUCCAGUAGCGGUUACAACAGUAAGAAAAUUGAUUGAAAAUCCGUUGGAAUAUGUAUUGAAUUUAGUCAAGAAAUCAAAAGCUAAUGUCACUAAAGAGUAUAUGCAUUCUUUGGCAGAUUUAAUGGUUAUCAAGGGUCGACCACAUUUUACUACAACUGGUUUGGUUUUUGUGUCUGAUCUAACACAUGCUGGAUUUAGAGAUGUUGAUUUUGGUUGGGGUAAAGUUGUAUACGAUGGACCAGCUAGCGAUACUUCCCUUCCUGGUAUUUCUAGCUUUUAUAUACCUUUUAAGAACGCUAAAGGAGAAAAAGGUUUGGUUAUACCACUUAUUUUGCCAGCCAAAGCCAUGGAGAGAUUGAUUAAAGAUCUUAAUAUUGUAUUUAAGGGAAAUAAUAACCAACCUACUAAGGGUAAUCCAAUGCUUGGUACCAUUAAAUCUUCAAUGUAGUCUUUAACAAAUGUUUGUUAAAUAUUUCCUUGUGCCAAAACUCUCACAAUGGAAUUUGCUAUGUGUUGCAUCAAAAAAAUCACCUUGAUCAAAACAAUUUCAUACCUUCUUUAA